GUUGUUUUGCAUUUGUUCUUUUUAGCAGACUAUUUGACAUUUCAUUAAAAAUAUUGCAACAGCAAUGUUGCCUGUUAUUUUAAUAAAUGUUAAGAAUUACAUUUAUAGUUAUGUUAGAUUUCUACUGUCAUGCUCUUCAUUUUAAUUAAGGCAUAGUCGGUCAGUAGAAAAUAUAUCGGUCACAUCUCACAUCGCAUCCUCUCCCUUAUACAACAAUAAGGAAAAAUUAUACAUAAUUUUGUUUAUAUAUAAACAUAUAUGUACAUACAGUAAAAUUAUAACUAUAUCCAAAUUUUUUAAUGAUUUGUUCCUUCGACGUUAUUAACAAAAGAUACGUUUCUGUUCGCCUACGCGACAGAGAAAAUUGAAGGGAAACAUUGUAAAUAAAUUUAUUUUAAUAAAAAAUUAAGAGUGCAAGGAACUCUUUGAAGAAGCAUCGACAAAUUUUUUUAAAUAUCUAAAGGCACAAAGAAAACAGCCAAACGUAUGCCAGGCUUUCACUUCAAUGAGAUGGGUGAAAUGGUGAUGGUGAAUGUUGACGACAUCGGCGUUGUUGAUGUGUAUGAUUUAGCAUCCGACAUAGGCAAAGAAUAUGAACGAAUCAUAGACCGAUUUGGUACCGAAGCUGUGACAGGAUUAAUGCCGAGAAUAAUUAACACUUUAGAAUUAUUGGAAGCUUUGGCUACUAAAAAUGAAAGAGAAAAUGUUACAAUGCAAGAGUUAAGAGAUAAAAUUACCCAACUUGAAAGCGAAAAAUUGGAAAAGGCCGAAUUUCGGAGACGUUUUGAAAAGGAAUUGGAAAUGAUUGAAGAACAAUGGCGUACGGAAACUAAUGACUUGGCUGAUUUGGUUUCGUCACUGCAGGAAGAGAACAAGCGACUUGUCAAGCAAACUGAAGAUUUACAAUCUGCGUCUGCUCAAUCUUCUGGCUUGGGUGCCAGUCUCACGGAAAGUAUUAUUAGUAUAACGAACAAUGAAUUACAUGCCGCUCUGAGCGACACUCAAGUACUGCAAAGAUUGAAAGAACAAAUAUAUCGACAACGUGACGAUCUUAAAGAGAAGGAGAGAGAAUUGCAGGAAAAAUAUCAGGAAAAUGAGCAUAUGACUAUACAAUUGGAACGCUUGAAAUCUUCUGGAAGAGAUACUCGUCGCCGCUGUACAAUGCUUCAAACUCAAGUUAAAACUUUGUGCGAAGAACGGGCGGAUUUUCUAGCUCAACUUCAGGAUCAAUACAGGGAAAUUAAUAAUUUACGGAAACGUCUUGGCUUGGCUGAAAAAGAAAAGGAAGAUCUGGUUAUGUCACAAGAUGAUACUUCUAAUGAUCCGAACCGACCACGUUACACCACUCGUGAGCUGAAAGAGCUAAUAAAUGAACGUGACGAACUGUUAACUAUUAUACAGAAUUUGAAUGAAGAAUUGCAGACCUUGAAACCCAGUAAGAUUUCCUCGAAAUUUCCUAAUUCUGACGAUGAUUGCGAUAUAAAAGAAGAUGGUGAUGACGAACUAAAACAUACAAGCGAUCUCAUAGAUUCCCAUUUUGAACAUGACGCACCCGUUCAAGGUCCUCUACCCUAUGAGCCCGAUGAUGCACCAUGGAAGAAAUCAAGCGAAUCGGGUAUUCGAAAAUUUUUCCGAAAACUUUUCUCCGACACUAACAGUAACAGCAAUGGUUCUCAAACAUUUCAAAAGCGUUCUUUGGCUACACUUUCAAAAAUGGCUCUUUCAGCUUCCCCAGCUUCAACUGGUGAUGCAAAUUAAAUAUAGGAAAAACCCUUGUUAACGAUAAACUAUCGUCUAUACCCAUUACCAGCAAGAAGGGGACUUGACAAUUUUGUAUUUUAAUUCCCACAUCGCUCAGAAAUCGAUUUUCACAUUAGAGAUUUUAUAAAGUAUAUAUAUAUAUAUAUAGGUAUUCGACAAGCCUGAGAAGCCGAUUUAUUAUUUAUGUCCACUUGUUGUCUGCGGUUGCAACUCUUAGUGACAAGAAUUGCGAUGGAAAGAUAAAACUUUGCAUGUGUAUGCGUAUUCAUUCCAAACAAUAACAUUUAAAAGAGGCCAACACCUUCUGCAAUAAUUAACUGAAUGUCAUGUAGAUAAAAAACAAGAAGGAAAAAAACGUUAAGGUGGUGGGUAUUUAAAAUUCGCGUAAAGCGAAUAAACUUUUUAAAUUAUUUUGUAUCGAGUAAUUUUUUUUUUAAUAUACAAACAUAUUCAAACCGGGAUGAUAUAUUAUGCAAAAGUUGGUAUUCGGAAGUCAAAUUUGAUUCAAUUAUCAGAUUUAUUAGAAUAAAUUAAAUUACAAUUUUCAUUGAAUAUUUACAAUUAUAAAAAUUUAUAUGAAAUAUUUAGGUGUUACAAGUUGCAAGAUAGUUGUAUUUGUGCAUUCCAUAACUGAAGAAUUAUAAUGUUUCAAAACAAAUGAACUUAAAAUGUAGAAUAGUUAAUAAAGAUUAGUUAAUAAUACGUUCAACUGUGAACAUUUACUUAUCUUAAGGGUUUUACUUCAAUUUUUUUUAUUUUUAUAUCUUCUAAAUAUGUCGCACCUUUAUUUGAUCUUUUUUGCGAACAAUACGUGUGUAACACCUUUAAUUGAGCAAAAAAUUUAAAAAUUAUAUUUUCAAGCAAUUUAUAUAAUUACACGCAUUCGAUAUGUUAAGUUGAAGUGAAAUACAUAAACUGUUACAAAUAAUCGUAGCUCUGUGCACAUA